AUGCGCUGGAAUAUCACACCAGUGCUAUUCCAGGACCAGCAGUACGUCGUUGACUGGGCAAUUCAAUUCAAGAACAUUACCAAAGCCGAUCGCUUGAAGGGCAGCCUGGAUUUGGGCACUCGCGACAGCCAAGGUACACCCACGUCUCCCGUCGUCACCCCGGCCUUGCCAACUUACGUCCCAGAUCUUGAGAUCAGCAUUGCAAUCAGCACCCCAGCCUCCGACAUGCUGUCUGACAUGGGUGAUGAUCACUACCCUAUCCUCACUCCAAUGGAGGCAGAGGAGGCCCUCUCACAGUUCCCCGCAGGCCAGGAAGAGCCAGAGCCCGAAGUCUACAACAGAGGCCGCCGCAAUUCCUUUGACUGGCUUCAGGAAGAGUGGGACUACACUCAGAGAAUGUCGAAGGAGGCUGAGGACCAGGACAAUAAGCCCAGUGCCAUGCCUUGCAAACCAGGCCCUGACGAUACCAUUGCCAUCACUUUGCUUUUGAAGAGGAAGCUGAUUCCUGAGAAUCUUGCGCCGAGAUUUCGACCGUUGUCCGAGGAGGAGAUACAGAGGAUUAAGGAGGCAGACAACAACCCAAACACCGUCCGCUCUACAAAGACGUGGGUCAAAAAAUGGAACCAGUACAAGGAAGAGUGCCACUUGACCUAUGAAGAUGGCACUGUCAACGUUGCUCAAUUGAACAAGGUGAGAACCCACAACUGCUUCCGCACGGUCCAUUUGUUUGACCUCAAAGCUGAUACCUACUUCACGCAAACCAUUCAGGACUUGGAAGCCUUCAUCAUUCAGGUCAAAAUGGACAAUGGGGAAGAGUUUUGUGACUCCAGCUUGGAUACUGGCUUUGGUAGUCUUGGCCGCUAUUUCAAACUCAAAGGGGAGGAAAACAACCGGGUUGUCAAUAUUCAGUCUGACACUGAGUUCCGUGGUGCACGUACUAUUCUCAACGUGAGGAUGGCCAACUUACAGAAGAUGGGCAAUGGUGGGACCAACGCAGCCUCUGACCUCAGCCUUGAAGAAUUUCGCACUAUGCUGGGUUCAGCCUUCUUGUAA